UGCUCCCCAGCCCGCCCCCAAACAGAAGCAAUAUAGCGCAGGCCAGCUCUUAAGGAGUCAGGCAGACAGAAGAGGCCCUCAGAGAGCUGAGACCCAGCGGUGGAAGACGCACCCUCAGUCUGCUGAGCAGGAGUGGGCCUCGCAAGGACUCAGUGAGGAGUGAUCCCAACUCUUCAUUCCUACUAUUCCCCCUAAGAGAGAUGGCGCCAGCCAGAACAGGAUGCUACCCUCUGCUGCUGCUCCUGCUGUUGGGGCUGUGGAUGGCCGAGGUCCCAGUCAGUGCCAAGCCCAAACACAUGACCUCAGCUCAAUGGUUUGAAACUCAGCACGUGCAACCCAGCCCCAAGGGCUGCAACGCAGCGAUGGGCAACAUCAACAAGCACAUAAAACGCUGCAAAAGUCUCAACACUUUCCUGCAUGAAUCUUUCUCCAGUGUGGCUGCCACCUGUCAGACCUCCACCAUAACUUGCAAGGAUAAUGUCCAUAAAAACUGCCACCAGAGCAGAGGUCCUGUGUCCCUGACCACAUGUGAGAUCACCUCGGAGAACUACCCAAACUGCAGGUACAAAGAGAAGAAAAUGCGUGCUUCCUACGUCAUAGCCUGUGACCGUCGCCAGAAAGGGGACUCUGGAAAAUUCCACCUGGUUCCUGUGCACUUGGACAAAGUCCGUUAGGUUUCUAGCUUUCCUUACUCUGGGGCUGUGCUUUAAUUUCUCCUCCAGGCCUCUCCACCGCCCCUCUCUCCUCAUAUGCACAGAAGGUCCUCUUCCCUUCAUCUCUUGGGGGCCUUCCUAGCUCAGGCUUUUUUGAAUGGCUGAGGGGAAGCUGAGGUCAAUACCUCAGUGGGCUAAGCUCCAGAAGAGAUGGUCUUUCACCUUUUUGUUGCUCUUUUCCCAGAAACUUAUCCCCACCAAGAAAGGGGCUGCAGGGGUGGGGGCAGAUUUUUACAUCUUUCUGCUGCCCCAUCUUAUCAUGGCAGCAUGAGAGGAGGAAAUAGAUAUAAGAGAGUUUUGUGGGGUUUAUGAACAGAGCUGUUCCUUUUCCUAAACUAGAAAUCUUCCCCAACUCUGACGUGUUAGUGAGGUGGUCUCUGUGCAGAGAGGUGCUGGAAUAAAAAGACAAAGUACCAUUUCAUAUUUAUAUAGCAUUUCAUGCUUUCCAUGGUGUAGCCACGAGUCCCUUGUGAAAUAGAUUUAAAGACACUUUCUUUAAGGAUGAGGAAAUUGAGAUUUCAUAAAGCUUAAUUAAUUAAAGAGCUUGUGAAGUUGGUUAGUAGCAGCACCUGGACUUGAACCUAUGUCUCCUCAUUCUACAUAUGGUGCACUUUCUACUUUACCACUGGGCAAAAGAAGGAGAGACCUCUUCAGGGACGAGAGGAGAACUAGGUACGAGUUCACCCAUGAAGAAAUGUACCCUGUGAGUCCUGAAGAGCCAGUUACCCUGUGUUGACUGCAAAAAGGUCAUUGCCUCUCUAGCCAAAAUACUGUUUAUAAGGUGCUUCAGGGAUUUUAAUUCAUUCUCUCUUGCUUUCUCGUCUUUCUGCCUCUCUAACUGCCACCCCCCCUUCUCCAGCCCCCUGCUUUUCCAACCUGGGUGGGACCUGGGCCUGGCUCUGGCUAGAUCCCCUUGGCCUGAAGGCAUAGGGUAAGGGGAGUGUCCCAGCUUUAUCCUCCUGCUCCAGGUCACAUUUCCCCUGACCUCAAGAGACUUCCUUGACCCAGAACCUGCUUGUCACAAACAGGCUGGUGGGAGCUGCCAGAGCUUCCUUCCUCCUGAUAGUCAUCUCUUCUGCCUCGGUGCUUCCCUGACUCUCUACUCUGGCACUCUUCCCAGGCCAUCGAGGUUGAGAUAUGGAAAUGCCACCUCCCUGUUCCCCUGGGCCACAGAUACCAUUCUCCCUCUCUAGCAGCAGAGCUGGAGAAACUAUGGCCAUUUGUUGCCGUGGUCCUAAUAGCCCCUCCCACAUUGCCUGCCACUCUGACCCUCACCAGCCCCUUCCCAUUUCCUUUAUCUCAGUCCCAGACAAACUGCACCACGCCCCAUCCCACACCAAUCCCGCCUGCCCUUCCUUCAGCACCCAGCUAAAUUGUUAGACCUUCCCUUCCCGGCUGGGGAGUCUACUCUCUGCCUAUCCUGUCUAACAAUUUUAGCUCUCCUUUACUUCUUACCAGAGUCAGAGGAAGCUUUGGAGCCAGAAAGAAUUGAGUGUAAAUCUUGGCUCAGCAGUUGCCGGCUACGUGUCCUCCAGAAAACGACUAAACCUCUCUGUAGCUGUGCUUCCAUAUAGCAAAAUGGGAGUAAUACCACCUACCCAACAUGAUUGUGGGGAGAUUUAGAAAUGACUUUUAUGGAGCCUUAGUCAGCCCCAGGCACUGUCAUUCAAUAAUAAUGACAAUUAGUAAUAGCAGUGGCAGUAGUAUUAGAAUUAUCCCUGUCCAGUCAUAUCCACCUUUGGCAAACAUGCAGACCAAUAUACCCCACUUAGUUUGCUUUGAGGGCUUUCUUCUGCGACUACCUUGUUCAUGAGUCAGUUAGAGGGCAAGUCUGCAGACAGAGAGUCCUAUUGGGUGGGAUGGGUGGUUUGAGAUGACAGGUGAGAAGGUAAAGAAGGGAUAAUCAAAAGAAAGGAGAAGAGAACAUUGAACAAUUCAAGCAGAGUGUGGGGCCAAUAAGUUGAUAAGUCUUGAAAGUAGAGAUGCACUAAAUACAUCAUAGAGGCUUGAAAUAAGAGGUACACAAAUUAUCUGUUGUGACCAAAUGGCUGAGUGUAAAAUCUAUAUCCUGUGGUCACUAUGCUAGACACUUAUCAUUCUAAAUAGAUUUUCAAAUGAGGUGCAAAAUACUUGGGCAUAGCUGACUUUUCACUUUAUUCUUUUUUCACAACUCUUUAUACAUUCUUUAUUGAUGAUUUUCCUUAUGUGAUAUUAUGGUUUUGAAGACAUUCUCCUCAUAAAAUUUUGAAGUGGCUAAAAUUAUGCUUUUGAUGUAUCCUCUCAAAAUGAGAAGAAUUUCCAAACAGGACUUUUUCUUGAAAGACUUCUGACCUAAAUAGUAUUAAAUAUCUAAAAAUUAAACAUAAUCCAAAAGUAAUCUGUGCGGAUAGAGGUAGAAACCACCUUGGAGAGUACUAACUGGCAAGGGGUGAGAGGUAAGUUGGACAUGUUCUUUCUCGCCUGAAAAUAUUUACUUUGUGAAACUCUGAGCUGUAUAUAAGCGGUUUACUCGCUGUAUGUAAAUUAUAUCUCAAUAAAAAAAUCCUC